AUGUCUAAAUCGGUCAUCCAGACGAGAAUGGUCAAUGAUUCGCUUCUUCAGGAUUUUUAUAGAGGAGUUAAAUACAAAAAUCAAAACAAUAACAACGACAACAACUUUGGACUAACUCAUAAGAAAUUUGUCAACAAUAGUCUCAAUAAUAACCAAAUAUCUGUUCCAUCAACUAAACGAAAUGUUAGUAACAGUAGAUGUGAUACAAAUGACUCUAGUAUUGGGAAUGGUAGUGAUAGUAAUUUUAUUAAUAACAAUUAUGCUUCAUCAGAAAAUAAUAUGAUAAAUUCAACUAUCGACAACAGUGAGGAAAUAUUAGAUUUAGGAGAUUUGGACCUAUCUCAACUGCGCUUAUCAAAAAAAGAUUUACAAGCACUUUCCAGCAUUACCCCGGCACUAUCACAGAGAGUACAACAGCAGUUACUAGCUCAGCUUCCUCCUCAACAGGCCAAAAAAUUAUCCAGAACACUUUCCAUGCAAAACGGUAAUAUUACCCCUAAUACGAAUAUUUCCUAUAGGCGUAGUAUCAGCAGUAGUACAAGUCGUACAAAGGAUUACGAUAUUAACCAUAUGUGCGAAUCAAGGGACAGUAUCACACCAACAAAUGAUACGGUUGACGAUACCUUAUGCGUACAAAAUCGAGAUUUAAGUAAAACAGAUAGAAGUACAAGGAAUUCCAUCAAUGCAAAAGACGCACCAUUAGUUUCUAGCUAUAACGAAGACCUUGGGAAAUCAUCUACCCGUUUUCCGUAUCUAAACGUAAGCCAUGAACGAUUUAACAGUUACGAAAAGUAUACGCCAUAUUCAACGAAUUAUCACAACACGUUAGAAAAUGAGAGAAGCAGAUCAGUGGAGGUUGACAGAAGAUUUAAUAAUUACGAUUCUUUAACAUCCCGCUCAUCUUGCCUUAGCCCUACUAACGAGUACUGCCGGAGACCACCGAGUGGUUAUAUUUCUCCACCGCCAGCAUCGUCGUCUGGUUAUUCUAACCAAAAACCAAUUAGACGUGUAUCCAGAUUUUUACGACCAGACUUUUUUAAUCCACCGAAGGAGAACUAUGAACAAAACACACUAAGAAAAGAAUUAGAGACACAACAAGUACUACGAGAAAUCCGAGAAAAGAGUCGUGAAAAAAGUAUCGAUCGAUGUUUCAGUAGUGAUCACGGCAAUGACGGCCCAGAUCGCCUAAGUUAUUUCAUUUCUAAAUACGGAAACUUGAACACAGAUAAUAAUAACUUAAUCGACAAAGAUCACGAGAAAGACUUAUCAAAGCAUUCCCUUAGUACACGUUCACGUCGCAGCACAUCUAUAACGAGGGAGGAGUAUGACAGAAACAGUUCGGCCUUGAAUGCAAACAAUUCAUUUGCUAACAUAGUAGAUGACCUUCUCAAGGUAUCAAUUAAUCAAGAAAGUGCAGAUGAUAGCAAAACAUUGCAACAUUCAAAUGAUGAAACAACUACAAUUGUCCCUAUUUCCGAAGCGAUAUGUAAGAUGCCUUCAGUACCAAAUGCUAAUGGCACAUGUUCGGAAUGCAAUCAAAUCUCCGUCAAUCCAGUGGAUGAGUUUGUUGACAAUAAUAACGCACAGGGGAAACAAACCACAGAACCUGCUACCGUCGUUAAAACAGUGAAAGUGAAGAAACUUAAAACUAAAUCAAAAUUAGAAUCCGAAGGAAACUCUGGAACAGCAACUGUGAGAAAAAUUAAAAAGGUAGUUAAACCUGUUAAUCCAUCUCUAGAGGAAUUGAACAACGCAAGUAAUAACGUAUGCGAUAACACAAUGCCAUCUAAAAAGGAAUCCAAACUUACUAGGCCAAAGUCAUAUCCUUCGAAGGAACCCGCAACUUCUAUGUCAACUGCUACCAUUGACACGGCAGUUUCCAACAAAAAUUCUUCAGAAAAGAAGGAGGAGAUCCUAGAUUCAAAACUUGUUCAUAUCAACACAGCAACAACAAGUAAAAUAGCGAGACCAAAGAGUUUUCCAAGCUCCAAGCUAACACCACCAAAGGAAAUACAAAUCCCAAAAAAUACUUUGGAUAAUUUGACGCUCUCUGCAAUCUCAGAAAAAAUAGAGAAUAAAAGUCAGGUUGAUACUGAUAAGUCUGCAGAAGUCACUGCAUCAAUACCAGCUGAUAGUCCGACUGUAACACCUGUAGUUACUAAAAAAGUGCGCAAAGUAAUACGCAUAGUAAAAAAACCCGUGGCUUCGAAAAAUAACAAUACCCAGAAGGUUGAUAGUACUUCCGGAGGUUCUGCUGAAGUAAAAGAAACAAAUGGAAAAAGUGUAGAAAUAAUACUUCCAACAGCAAAAGAAAAAUCCAAAUCUCCCGAAAAAAAGGUCAAGCAAGGCUUUUUAGCCACUAUUGGACAAAAAUUUGAAAAGUUCAGGGAUUCCAACAAAAUAAUGAAAGAUAAGAAAAGUAACCCAGAAAUUAAUGAAACGGCACUAGAUGAAAACUUGAAAAAAGAUGACAAUUGUAAUAUAGUGGCGAAAAAUGAAAACAAAAAAUGUCAUAGUGACGGUAACGUACUUACUCUUGCCGAAGAUGGUCCUGUUACUGAAAGUAAUCGAAAAUCAAGAAUUGAUAAAGUGAUAAAAAAUCUUCGAGAUAUGUCAGUUCCAAGGCCACCAGUAAUCACAGAAUCAAACCUCAUCAAAAGAGCUGUUAGUGUUGAGGAAAUGCCCGGAACAUUUAACAAACGCGGUGUUAGUAAGGUACUUGGAUUUUUCAAAAAAAUCGAAAAAGAAUCAAAAAAUAAUAAAGUUCUUAAUACCAAGUCAUCUAGUCACAUCAACACAUUAGAUGCCACUUCAAUGAUUCUGGAACCUACUUCUACCAAAUGCACGAUUGAGUCAACGGUUGGAGAAGAUGUUGUGAAGCAAAGGCCCAAAUCUGGAAGUUUUGUCAGUAAAAUUCACAAACCAUACAGUGGAACUCGAAGCGACACAGUGCUGACUUUAACUGAGCAGCCAAGUAAGUCUAAUAUAAAACCAAACGGAGGUAUCAAAAAUUUAAAACAAACUGGCCAAAACAAAUGCCUGGAUUGUUACAAAGUAGACUCUGUCAAAAAAAUUCCAUCAAGGCAUUCCUUAGCAACUGACACCAAGCAUCUCUUGCAGGACGAGAAAGCGCGAGUAAAAUGUAAAUGCCAAAGUUUAGCUCUAAAUAUAAAGCAGCUCAACGAUACCAGUCAUGCUAUAAAUGCUAAUAAUAAUUACAGUUAUCCACCCCCUCUACCCAAUGAAAUGUCGCAUAGUAAUUUAGUCACCAUAGGUGGAACAAGUACAGUAAACAACAAUACUCUAAACACAAACAUGCUAACGCCAUCCUACGACAGUAUCACCAAUUACUCCUCUGGAUCCAGAAGCAGUCCUUUUGACGAUUGCAACUCUUCCAGUACAUUCAUGUCACCAUCAGAAGAAAACGAACUUUGCUCUGAUAACUGGUCAAUCUCAUCUGAUGAUCACAACAGUGUGUUUACCACUUCGAAUUCCGCCUCGCGAAUGUCCAGGCUUACUUAUAUGAACUCUGUUUCUCCGGUAGAUAACGAUUCCGAAAGUGUUAUAGAACGAAUCCGCAGGAAAAGUUUUUACUCUCGAUUCAAUGACAAAAGGCUGAAAACAGUUAGCGCUGCCACAGGAACUGGCACCCUAAAGGAACACUAUCGUGAUCAAUAUCUUUCCAACUGUGGGCAACCAUGUAGCCGAUCAAAAGAGUACGGUAAGUCUUCCGCUCUUGCUAGUACAGAUCGAGAAAAAAACAAUUAUGAUUAUUAUCGGUCACUAUCCAGGACACCAAGUGUAAGCAUGAGAAACUAUUCGAAUUCCUCUAAUGGAUAUUCCAAACCUUCGACAAGCAAUAGUGACUAUUAUCAUCAUCAUCACCAUCACUACCAUUACCAUCUUCCUAAGUCUAACUCGUCACGGAAACUAAAUGUUUCCAGUCACGAUUGUGCAGAUAAACUUAACUAUACCAAUACCAGCAAAUCCUUUUUGAGAAAUACGUAUCACGAGACGUUGUCACCAACGUAUUAUGCUACAUACCAACCGAGACGGUGUUCCUUAUACACCAACAAUAGCACAACUGCUAAUAUAACUUCAUCCUCUUCAUCGAUAGCCCUAGAUACUACCAAUAUAAACAAAGAAUGUACUGCAGGAGCGGCAAUUACAUCUUCUUCUUCUACUACACUAUCCGGUUCGGAAGGUUUCGCUACAUUAAAUAAAGGAUUACGUAAGACUCGGGCGUACGACAAUCGAAGCAUUUCAUUGCUAAAUUCUUCCGCAAUCAGAGAGUCAUCUUUUGACACUACAGGGACUCCCAGGAGUGGCCAGCUAGGAAAGUCGUCAAUACCUCGGCAUCCCACCAAUGUCUGAUCGUCUAUCUUCGAAAACUGCGAUAUUUAUUACAUUUUUAGUGAAUUACGCCAAGAAGGC